AUGUUCAUGGGCACUUCGUCCCCCGCUUCUCCGCAAAUCGUCUCAGGUACGCACUGUCUUCUUUGGAAGUCUGAGGUUGGAUACCAUCCUUACAGGAUGCUCUUCGUCCGGAUGUGUCCCCGCUACAAUCGUUCCUAGAACUUCUGGCUUUUGGCCGAAUGCGGAUGUGCUAACAGGGCUUCAAAUCGAGCAGCAGCAGACUCAGAACCAACUAGUUCAACAGGACGAUUCUGGGAAUGUUGUGUCCGGGAAUGUCGUGAAUCCUUCUGGAUCCUCAAGUACCGCUCAGCCACCGGUCAUCUACAUUGCUCGUGCCGGAUCCGAUCAGUACAAGUAUUCGGUUGUUUCGAGCACUCAGAGCCCUCUGGGAAGCGGCGUCGGAUGGAAUUCCAAUGGAUUCCAGAGUUCAUUCGGAAACUCUGGAAAUCAGAAUACAAAUACAUUCUCCCAAGGACAAGGAUCAUCUGGAAAUCAGAAUCAGAACGCGUUCGGACAAAGCUCUUCUAACUCAGGCACUUUUAACGGCAAUCAAUUCCAGCAAGGCUUUUCCAAUUCAAACAGCGGAUUCAACAACCAGAACUCGCAGAAUUCAUUCAGUCAAGGAUCUUCAAAUUCUGGAGUGCAAUCUGGUUUCCAGAAUCGAUUCGGAGGAUCGAGUGGAGGAGUGCAGAACGGACAGAAUGAUCAGAAUCAAUCGAAUCAGGGAGCAGUCAACGGACAAAUGGGCGCGCAGAGCACUUUCGGAGCGAGUUCCGGAAUGAUGAACAACGAUCAGAACGGUUUCGGCACGUCCUCAUCGUCUGGAAACUUCAAUGGGCCGAAUGCUCAGAAUCAGAAUCCGUUCAGUCAGAAUUCCAAUGCGAAUCAGGGCCAGGCCGGAAACAGUUUCCAACAGAACCAAAUGCCUUUCGGUCCUCCGGUUGUCUCGAGUAACUCACAAUUCGGACCAAUGCAGGUUGGAUCUUCCGGUCAAAACGCGCCUUUUACUCCCACGGAAUGGAACUUUCAGCCAGGCAAUCAAGGAGUCCAUUAUGUUGGCGGAGGGGACGCGAAUAACGGAGGAGCAGUGAGUGAAAGGGUUACUGUGGGCUACUGUGUCUUCGUUCUUUCAGGGAUCAUCUGGAAUGACCGACGAGGCUAAGCAAAUUGCAGUUCAGAUUCAGGUAAGUAUUGAAAAGCUUUUCGACAAUCAUUGAGAACGGGUUUCAGGCGAUCCGUGAUAACCUGAGCAUCACGCAGAACGAGUCAAACUACCUGAUCGGCCAGCUGAAAGCGAGUCUCCCGCCCGAGUUGCAAAGCCAAUUGCAAAGCGUCUGA